GCUGAAGUAAGGCGUAAACAAAUGAUUUAAUACCGUGUGAAUUAGCGCAGAAUUUGGAAACUUCUGGAUCAUUUUAGAGGUACCAACAUAGGAAAACAGAUUUGAUCUGAGUACACAACAAUGGGUAAGAGAAAGCAGACAGCCCCACAGCGGGCAUCUGAGGACAAACGGCUCUGUCUGGAGUGGAACAUGCUUGAUGGUGUAGCCCCUGAGGGAUCCCUGUCUGUACUUGAUGACAGCGACCCCUCCAUCCUACAUGAGGCACAACAGGUACAGGAGCCUGAUCGUAAAACAGGAGGAAACUCUACCGAAAUAAACAGCAUACAACAACCACAGUUCCCAACACAACAGAUGCAAGACAUGUUUGAUGACAACUUGAAGUACUGUUCCUACAUGGUCAGGGUAAUGCCAUCUUUGCCCUUCAGGGAGAAUGAGUGGCACACAGUGCUAGGUUUGUUCAGUGUGAAGUUGUUGCCAGGGUUGAUGGGAGAGCCGGGGACCUGUGUGCUGAGGGGCCAGGAAGAGGUCUGGCUUUAUGUCAGUGAGGUCACAGGGAAAAGUAUGCUGUACAUUGAAGAGGGUGAGAAUGAUGAGAAUCCAUCAAGGGCCAGGUUAUUGACCUCCUGGUGUGUGGACAUAGAUAUUCCUACAGAGGUCCUGGCAGUCUUUGAUAAGUGCAAUUCAAAGAUGGUUGUGGUGACUAUUGGUCAGUAUGACCCAACAACAUUUAGAUUUAGUCUGACCAUUCAUGCUAGAGAGGCCUUACUGUGUAAGCCAAAAUUCCCGAGUGAGCAUAUCAAAAUGAGGAAACAGAACAUUCUGCUGAAGGUGGUCAUGGCUCACUUCUUUAGACUAGCUCCACCUGUGUAUGACCAGGAAAACAGCUCAAGGAAGCAUGAUAUUGAAAAUCUGUACACUGUUGUCAAAGCAACACAUGAUAAAGAGGAGAUAACUGCGGAUGUUGAAGUGCAGCACCCAAGCCUCAUCCCCCACCUUAGGCCAUACCAACGAAGAGGUGUGUCCUGGAUGCUGUCUAGGGAGGGCUUCAAGGUCAAGAAAUGUCAACCUACAGACAACAUACUCUCUAACACAGAGGCGCCUCUCCACAUGUUGUACGAGGAAGUCAAAACACCAGAUGGCUGCACUCUGUACUACAACAAAUACUUAUCAAGUUUGACCAGGGAGCGCCAGGAAAGAGUGGUGGCUCCCCCUGGUGGGAUUCUGGCAGAUGAGAUGGGCCUGGGCAAGACCGUGGAGGUACUUGCCUGUAUAUUAUUACACAAAAGUCCUCACAUUGAGCAGCCCCCAAGACUUCCCACACUGAAGGAAAUGAAAAUCGAGAAGGAAGGAAAUUAUAGGCAUGUUCACAUCAAACAUGUUCAUGUCAAAUUAAAAUGUUUAAAUACACCAAAGAAAACAUUUUCUGAAGUCCAAGGUCAAAAUCAAGUUGAGUCGUUACAGGAAAGUAACUGUGCAGUAAAGAUUGUGGCACCAGAGGAAAAACAAUCAGAGGUCAUAGGUCAGAAUAAAGUCAAAGUGGAAGGGGUUGCAAUUAUAACCUCUGAGGUUGUGGCGUCAGCAAUAGAUGGGCAAGCUGUCAUAUGCAAAGCUGAGGGCUGUGUUAGUUCAGCUUUACAUGGAGACAAUGGCGACAGACAGUCAGAAGUUAAAGGUCAGACAACAGGUGAAAGUCAAGGCCAAACUGAGGAAGCUGCCGGCUGUGUUAACACACCCAGUGUCAGACACAGGAAUCUCCCUAUUGUCUGUGGCAGGGAGGAAGCUGCCGGCCGUGUUAACACACCCAGUGUCAGACAAAGGAAUCUACCUAUUGUCUGUGGCAGGGGGGAAGCUGCCGGCUGUGUUAACACCCCCAGUGUCAGACACAGGAAUCUACCUAUUGUCUGUGGCAGGGAGGAAGCUGCCGGCUGUGUUAACACACCCAGUGUCAGACAAAGGAAUCUACCUACCAUUGUCUGUGGCAGGGAGGAAGCUGCUUCUGAAGGCUCGGUUACAGAUGUAGAUACCAGAAACGUGAUGGACAAAGGUAAUUCUUUAGCUACAGUUACCUAUAGUACACAGACUACACCUCAGGACGAAGAUCCUCCUCCAAAUGUGAUAGAUAUGGAUAUGACUGGACCAAUGGUUAAUGGGAAAGUAGAUGAGAUUCCACAUGGCUGUGUAGAUAACAAAGAGACAAAGUCAGAUAUAAUCAAGGAAGGUGAUGAGAUUCCAUGUGGCUGUGUGAAUAACGAGCAGACAAAAGACAAUAUAACCCAGGAAGAUGAUGAGAUUCCGCAUGGCUGUGUGGAUAACAAAGAGACAAAGUCAGAUAUAAUCAAGGAAGGUGAUGAGACUCCAUGUGCCUGUGUGGAUAACGAAGAGACAAAAGACAAUAUAACCCAGGAAGGUGAUGAGAUUUCAGGUGGCUGUGUGGAUAACGAAGACACCAGGGCAGAAAUCAGCCAUCUAGCAGAUGGUCCUCUGAUGGAGGCUGGCAGCCAAUCAGCAAGAAGAGUUGUUAAGAAACGAAAACGUAAGAAUUGGACAAAAAAGAAAAAGCCACGUCAGGCAUCAACACUUAGCAGUAUGCAUGCAGAUGAUAGUGGUGUAGAGGAUGCAACAAGGGAGGGUGUGGCAGAGAACAGUGAGACUGUCGGUGUAUGUAACAAGGGGAAACCUCAAGUGGAGCAAUGUAACAAGGGGAAACCUCAAGUAGAGCAGAUUCAAAAGCAAAAAAAAGCUAAAGCAAAAUCAACGAAGAUGAAGCCAACACCACCCGACAAAUGUGUCAAAGAAAAAAGUAAUGGAGUAAAAGGCAGUAGAGUUAAAAAAGACGAGAGCAAGCCAAAGAAAAAAAGAGUACCAUCCCGAUUCGUAGAGCUGGUAGAGGCAUCAUCCUUCAAGCCGAAGUACCAGUUCUCGGUGUCCACGCCAGUUAGACGACAGCAUUUCUUCGAGUGCAUUUGUGGGGCAACAUCAGCAGGAGCCAUCAGCAAGCGGCACUCUGUCCAAUGUGUCGAUUGUGGUCUACAGCAGCAUGCAGAGUGUGUCAAUUAUGACCUUGAUGAUCCUCUCAGGGGCAACUUCCGUUGUCCCCACUGCCAUGUGUCAACUCCACCCAUAAAGUCUGGCACCACGUUGAUUAUCUCCCCUUCCUCCAUCAGUCACCAGUGGGUGGACGAGAUCCUAAAGCAUAUCAGCAGUCAGUCACUCAAAGUGUUUGUAUAUACUGGUGUGAACAAGCUUGGAUUUAUACAGCCCCGGACGUUAGCCCAGCAGGAUAUCGUCAUCACAACUUAUGAAACUCUACGCAAGGAGAUUGACUAUGUAGACCUCCCUCAUUCAAACAGUGACACAACCAGAAAGUUUCGUCAUCCAAAGCGCUUUAUGGCAAUACCAAGUCCCAUGACAGCUGUGGAGUGGUGGAGGGUGUGCCUAGAUGAGGCCCAGAUGGUGGAGGUUACAACCAGUAAGACUGCUGAGAUGGCACUUCGUUUGAGUGCUGUUAACAGGUGGUGUGUUACGGGGACUCCUAUACAGAAAAGUGUGUCAGAUGUGUAUGGGCUGCUGCUGUUCCUUGGACUGGACCCUUACUGGGUGAAGCAUUGGUGGACGACCCUGUUGUAUGACCCCUUCUGUCAUGCUGACCCCCAACCCUUCCACAAUGUCAUCUCCAGUGUGCUCUGGCGCAAUGCUAAGAAGGAUGUAAUUGAUCAGAUUAAUAUUCCGGACCAAUCGCAGCAUGUUCAUUGGUUGACCUUUUCGCCUGUAGAGGACCAUUUCUACCGGCGCCAGUAUAGUGAUUGUGCCACAGCUGCCAGAAGGAGUUACAGCAAAUGGUCAGACAUGAACACAAAGCUGAGCAGUUUAGACAGGCACACUGUUAGUCAGCUGCUGUCCCCAUUGCUGAAGCUUCGUCAGGCCUGUUGUCAUCCUCAGGCUGUCCGCGGUGAAUUUAUUCCACUUCAGAAAAGCAUUAUGACAAUGGAGGAACUACUGGAAUCCCUCACCAAGAAGGCUCAGUUGGAAUGUGAAGAGUCUCACCGGCAGCUGGUCGCAGCAAUCAACGGAAUAGCUGGCAUCCACAUUAUACGGAAUGAGUACACAGAGGCAGUAGACAUGUACCGCGAGGUGUUGUGGUCUGUGGAGGAACAUAAAGAUUACCUGAGGACAGACAAGCUACAGUUAUUACAUACACUCUACAAUCUCAAUGAGAUCCUUUCCCUCAAACCAGAUGGUGUGGCUCCUACCCUCAGGGACAGUCUUCUGAAACAACAGGCAGACGACCUGAGGGAGAAUUAUAUGUCAAAGGCUGAAGCAAAAGUAACAUCUAGUCAGAGUUCACUGACCCCUACUCAGCAGAGCAUGACACAGUUUAGGGCUGAGCUGUCUGAUGGGCUGGAGUGGUGGCUAGAAGUUAUCAAGUUUGCAGAAGACAGACGUACAGAUGAAACACUGGUGGAAAUGGUGAAGAGUGAACUCAUGAGUGACUAUGUUGACAACCACACAAACCCACAUGUAUCCAUGGCCCGCCUUUUCCAUGGUUCCCGAGGGCUGGAGCUGACUCUACAUGCCAGACUGGUGGAGCUGGAAUCUACACACGAGAAACUGCUGCAAGGGAUCGGGCAACUGUGUGAGCCUCUGACCCGUGACAUGAUGAAUCUGUCUGUGGAGUGCUGCCUUCGACCAGUGGGACAGAUACUUAAGAGCUGCCAGCUCUGCCUUGUUGACAAGCUUUUUGAAGACUAUGAAUCCAAGCUGUUCUCCAUCACCCAGAAGCCGAUGGCAACGGUGGAGGGGGACCACACUAAUACCACCCGCCGACAGGGAACCUGGGCCGACAGCGAGCUCGAAAAAUCACUCAAGGUCAUCCUGAGCUUUGCUAAGAUCUACAGAGUUGGCCUACAUCUGAUAGAGUUUGGAACCACACACAUCAAACUAAUGGAUACUCUCAAGAAGGAAUUCAAGAACCUACGUUCAGUGUGGAUAGCCAAGCAUGAACAGUACCAGGCACUGGAUGAACUGGACAUGGCUACCACCAGACUGAGGCUGCGUCUCCCUGAUGAGGAACUUCCCGACACCACUCAACUCCACGUCUUACAGCCUGCUGAGCUUGCGCAGCAGAAAUUAAAACUGCGAACAGAGUUAACUGUAGCCAAGAAUGAGCUGCGCAAGAAAGUUGGACAGCUGUUCUAUCUGAAGAAUCUGUCAAAGAAUCAGAUUGGUAAUGAGGAUGGAGUGAACCCUGAACCCUGUCCUAUCUGUCAGCGGGAACUAGGUGUGGAGUGGAGUGUGGUCCAGUGCGGCCAUUGCUACUGUAUUGAGUGUAUCCGUGUCAUGGUUGUCCAGUACAGCUUCGGUAGCCAGAACAAACGCCUCAAGUGUGCGGUUUGUCGUCAGCUCAACUUCAUCAGUGAUAUCUCCUAUGUCAGCACCAAGGUCACACCUGUUGACAAUGGCACGGAAAGCAUCAGGGUUAUGGGCAGUUACUCUAUCAAGAUAGAGUCUGUUGUCCGAUGUAUGCUAGGCAUAAAAAAGACCGACCCUACAGCCAAGGUCCUGGUGUUUUCUACCUGGAAGAGUGUACUUGGUAUCAUCGCUGAGGCUCUGGAGGAAAACAACAUCACACACCGUACUCUAUACACAGGGAAAUUCCAGAACCAGCUGACAUCAUUUCGGGAGGAAAAAGAUGUGACAGCCCUCCUACUCCCCAUUCAGUCCGGCUCUAACGGACUCAACCUGAUAGAGGCCACCUAUGUUCUCCUGGUGGAGCCCAUCCUCAACCCUGCACAGGAACUGCAGGCCAUUGGGCGUGUCCACCGCAUAGGUCAGACAAGAAAAACUGAAGUCCAUCGCUUUCUUAUUCGUGGUACCAUUGAAGAGAAAAUGUAUUCCAUGUUGAAAACAAUUGAAGAUGUGCCAUCAAGUCACAAUACUGAGGAAAAUGUGCUGACCAUUGGACACUUAACGUCUCUGUUUCGCGAGGAGGAGGUGAACCGCGAGGCAGAUAACUCUACAAACACUGAGGAUAGCCAAGAAGUGCUAGUAGAUGAUGUGGCUGCAACAGAAGAAGUCACAAGUCAGUCUGUGGGUGACACAGGGAAUAUUCAGGGGACCAGUGGACAAGGUCAAAGUGAUGAUUUAUCAGGGGAGGCAACUGUGCAGAGUAACAACACUUCAGGAGAAGUGUGUGUGAUUGAGGACUCGUCUUCAGAGCAGGAGUGUAUGCUGAGCUCAGGAGGGGAACCCCCAGGCUCAGAUGUCAUGUAUUGUGACCCAUACACUUUUUCCUCCAAUGAAAGCAUCAGUCAGUCAGAGGACAGUAACGAAGGGCCAGUCAUUGAGGCUGAUUGUGAACCAAUCAAUAUCACUAGCCCUGGAAAGGUUUCCAACAGUGAUGUUAUAGACGUGGAAUCAGAGCUUGUUGAGGAAGCUAUGGUUGUGGAUGAUGACUGGGAGUCACACAUCAUAGACCUUACUUCCUCAGGAGAACCCUCAGGCAUGUAUAAAGAUCCACAAAUUACUUCACAGGGACAUCAACAGAAAACCAUCCAAGUAGAUACACAGGCAGUCGUGGAUCUGACAUCUGAUGAUGACGAGAUAGGAUCCUCCGGACACUCACAGGUGGAGAAAACUUGGUGUGCCGAUAUCAAUGAAGCCUCCCUGCUUGGUCUACCAACAGGUCAUGGUGAUAUAUCAAAAACUGGUCCAAAGACAGGUCUAUGUGACGACCCAUUUACUGGUUUACGGACAGAUCCGCAACCUGAUUUAGGGUCAGGUUCUAGUGGAAAGCCACAAGCUGGUCCACAGUCUGGUUUAAGUGAAGAAAAAGAAUGUGGUUCAUUAGUAGGUCAUAUGGUAGAUCCACAUGAGAUCAUGUCAACAAAGGAGACAUUGUGAAAGACAGUCGUAGUUGAUACAGAGGGACAUUGUGAUAGACACGGAUUCGUUCUAUGUUGAUACGGAUUACGUUCUAUGUUGAUACAGAUUACUUUGUAUGUUGAUACAGAUUACGUUGUAUGUUGGUACGGAUUACGUUGU